AUGAGUGCAGCACCAAGCUACAAUGAGUCCAUGCCCAAUGGCGGCGAUCCAUUGACCACUGAUGUCAACGCCCAGUACGUGGGAUUCGAGUACAACUACACGUAUCUCGUCUUCUGCGGCUUUAUUGUAUGGCUCAUCAUACCAGGCAUCGGCCUCCUCUACGGAGGCAUGGCCAGGCGGAAAUCGGCCCUCACACUCUUGUUCCAAUCUCUCAUGGUCGGUGCCGUCACAACCUUCCAGUGGAUGUUCUGGGGCUACUCCCUGGCGUACAGCCGCACCGCCGGGCCCUUUAUCGGCGACCUGGCCAACUUUGGCAUGAAGAAUGUCAUCGCCGCCCCCAGCAUCGGAAACUCGACCAUCCCCGACAUCGUCUUCUGUCUCUACCAGCUCCUGUUCUGCGCCUGCACGGUGCAGAUCGUGGUGGGCGGUGCCUUUGAGCGCGGGCGCAUCGUCCCGUCCCUCGUCUUUGGUUUCUUCUGGGCGACCAUCGUCUACUGCCCCAUCGCCUGCUGGACCUGGAACCCGAGCGGCUGGCUGUACAACCUCCCCUCGCUCGACUUUGCAGGCGGCGGCCCCGUGCACAUCGCCAGCGGCUGGGCGGCGCUGGCCUACGCCCUCGUCCUCGGCAAGAGGAGGAAGAACCCCGAGGACCGAACCCACGGCAAGGCCCACAACACGACCCUUGUCUUCCUCGGCACCGUGCUGAUCUGGUUCGGCUGGUUCGGCUUCAACGGCGGCUCGGCCCUGAACGCGAGCGUCCGCGCCAUGUACGCCGCCUUCAACACCAACACGGCCGCCUCGACGGGUGCCAUCGGCUGGGUCAUGGUCGACUAUAUCCGGCACAAGGGGCGAUUCAGCGUCGUUGGCGCCUGCGAGGGUGCCAUUGCUGGUCUCGUCGGGAUCACGCCUGCGGCUGGCUACGUGAGCGUGUGGCUGGCUGCCGUCAUUGGGUUCCUCACAGCGGUUGUCUGCGCCCUCAUGGACAAGGUCAAUGACUGGCUGCACACGGAUGACGGCCUGGAGGUCUUCAAGCUUCAUGGCAUCGGGGGCAUCUGUGGCUCAUUCUUCACUGGCAUCUUUGCCACGGCUUCAGUCUCCGCUCUUGACGGCGUCACCGUUGCUUCUGGUGGUAUUGACGGCAACGGCAUCCAAAUCGGAAAGCAGUUCGCCGAGAUCUGUGCCAUCUCGUCCUACUCCUUCGUGGUCUCGUUCGCCCUGCUGUUCAUCAUGAAGUACAUUCCGGGCCUGCACCUGCGCGUAUCGGACGAGGCUGAAGAGCUGGGAAUGGAUCUGGACCAGUUUUUUGACGAGCAGAUUGGCGACUGGAGCUAUCUCGAAGAAUCCGAGAAGCGCCGGAACACGACGAUCCUGGGCCAGGUUACAGAGGAGACGACGGGAGGCCAUGGUGCGGGUGUGAAGACGGCAUAA